GUCAUGCUUUCUGCAGAAUCAUCAUAUUGAGUGAACCUCUGGGCGGUUUUGGUGCCAUGUUUAGAGCAGUUAUGGCUCGAUUUUGGUUAGAUUUGUGUCCUCUGUUUUUCUUAUUUAAUUGCAUAUUCUGCCUGGACGUAAGUCAAAUCCAAGUUCCUAAAAAUAAUGGAGUUUCUGGGGUGUUCUUAGUCGAAACCAAGACCAAUCUGUACAGUUUUAAUGCCACCACAGCCACAGAGGCAUGUAAGGCUAUGCACAUGAGAAUUGCAACAAAGGCUGAAGUAGAGACAGCCAAUAAAAAUGGCUUACAGACAUGCAGGUUUGGUUGGGUUGAAGAGCAAAUUGCAGUUAUUCCUCGAACUGAGAAAAGCGAAAAAUGUGGUAAAAACAGCUUAGGUGUCUCUGUCUGGAGAGCUGACAUCAGCAAACUGUUUGACGUUUACUGCUUUAAGUCAGAAGGCCCUGAUGCACAGUUUGAAACCACAACAUCAAGAAGACCCGAAACUACAACAGAAGGGGGAGGAACACAAUUAAACAACUAUUCUUCUAAAACAACCCAUCCAUCAUCCAUACAGCCAACCACUUCUCCAGCCAGAUCUCUUCAUCCCUACACAUCCACCCCAUCCAUUUCCUUUGCUGUCAACACUUCCUCCACAACACUAAUCACACCCAGUCUUUCUAGCAUCAGUGGCAGUUCCCAGGCAACACCAAGCCCUCAGUCUCUCUCGUCUCUCAGAACCUUGACCAAAUUCUCGACCUCAUCCCCCUCAUUAACCUCUCAUUCAUCCACUCAUUCUUUUUUUCAGCUUACCUCAACAACAACACACCAGCCUGUGCUGUCCCAGACGCCUACACCUAACAGACCUUCCAUUAGAGCAGUCCCCAAAGCACUUGUUAUCCUUUCUGUUAUUCUACUACUCUUGGUGGCAGCAUUAGGUGCCGCUUGGUAUCUCAAAAUCAAAAGAGGACAACGGUUUCCAUCCUGGACCAGAAUGAGGCCAAAACAGAUAACUGAUACUGAGAUGUGGAGACACAACAUCAUCCUUCAAAUUGAACAAGACCCAGACUUACCAUAAGAACAGAGAGAGAGAGAGAGCACAAAGAGUCAAUUAACAAGACUGUAAAAACGCAUACAACUUCAUACAUACAUGUUUAGUUUGCUGCUCUUUUCAAGUUUAACAAAUCAUUUAUUUCCUAUGUAAAUAAAGUGCAACUGAGGUAAACUCU